CUCCUCGGCGAGCGCUCUAUUUAAACCUCAAUGUAGACAAGAGAAUGUUAUCAGCCACCUUGACCUUGAACGUCGCAGGACCGUAGCUGAUUAAAACCUCAACUCUGAAUAUGUUGUUGCAGCCUGACAAUUUGAAUCUACCGUCCUUGUCACAGCGUGGUUCCGUUUUUUUUUUUUAACUACCUGAAGGCGAUCCCUAUCUAAUCUAGUGGCUCUCAUCUAUGUGAAAACUUGACACUGCUCUGACACCAUUUAAUCAGAGGCGAUAAAAACUGCCAGAAUCAAAGCCAAGAGUGACGGGACCGAUCUAUCACUGAUGCGGUGUGAUACUGCCACUGCCGCCCCGCUGCCAGCAUUAGUGAACAAGUUGAAAUUUGGAUCUGAUCGGUGUACUCUAUGUCUGGAGAGCGAGUCGUGUAGUUCUUGUUCUGAGCGGAGGCUGACGUGUCUUCGGUUAGAUGUGUCGUUCCAAAUUAGGUACUGUUGGAGAAUGAAACACCGCUUUUGGAUACACAGGGAGCAAAGUAAUACAUCAUUUUUUCAAAAGGUCAAAGCUGAAUCUAGAAUAUUGUCAUAUUUCUCUGUUUGAGGUGGUGAAGUUGCCAGCCAGUGUUUUGUACAUCUUAAGUGAGCCACGUAAAAUAAAUUAAAAUUCUGUCCUUCGACGUGAUUGGAUGACAAUAGAUGGCGCCUGCUGGACCCUUUAGGUCCCCGAUGAACUACAUUGCUUCAGUGAUCUUUGGGAGAUCUGUCGUGAAAUCAUGACCAAACCUGACUGAUUUCGCGUGCCGGUGUAACUUGAGGCUUUUUCACCGAAAUAGUUUGACAUUUUGGGACAUACAUUUUCCCUUCUUGCUUAAAGUUAUCCUUUAGUGUUUUUGUUUCCCACCACUCGUCUCCAACUCUGUGAAACGAGGUAUUUAGCUGCGAUGAAGGAAAUCUUUAGAUAUACAACUUAACAAACUGUCUAUAGUCUUAAAUCUUCUUUCUCUUCCAAAGUGUCAUCCAGUCUCCUUCUAUACCUCCAUACUGUAUCUUUAUUGUCUGCACAACCACGCUCUUAGUCUAUUCCCAGUGUACCUAUAGGGGAGCGCGGCUAACCACGGCCUCCCAAUAUCAGGAUCCUAAUGGGUUUUAGUGGUGAACCAUAAUUCUAUUUCGACUGGGUCAGACUUCUUGUAAUGAACCGCUUAUCAGUGCAACCCAAGACAGCACUCUCCGGCCUGCAGCUAUCAUGUAGCCACAGAAGCCACCAGUUCAAGCCUCUGCGUGCGUCUCGGAUCGAUUUCCCAUCCCACGCCGUCUCUAUCCACUCACCACAUGAUUCAAUCUUUGGGCAGGGGUGGGCAGGGGUUGUAGUGAGAUGUGAGCCAUCACCUGGUAAGUGGUGCCGCCCGCAGCUUUCACUUGAUUCCACCCCUCCAUCUGUUUGUGUUCACCCCUUCCAUCCGCAGUGGGUCUGCAGGCCCAUCUUUCCAUCCCGGUCUCCAGGGCUCAAUGUCUCUUUCUCUUUAGUCCCUGAGUGGUAUUCUGCUCCUGCCCUGGCGUCCAUAUCACCAUCUCUUUUAUUUUUAUUUUUCUGGUUGGUCUGUUGUCGUUCAUUUCUCCCUUCACACCUCAGUACUUAACUGAGACAGAGGAGAAGAGAGUGAGAAGCUUUUAGCCAGUAGGAGUGAGCAGACAUGGCUUUCAAUUCAUUAAUCUAAUUUGGAAGUAUCCUCUGCUUCCCUUCCUCUUUUCAUUCACUUCCUUUGAGGCAUUCCUCUCCUUACCCAUCCUCAUCCAUUGUUUCCUCUCUGCCACUCAUCUUCAUCCUUCAUCCGUUGCACCAUGGACCUCGGAGAUGGGCCGCAGGAGGAGAAGUUGGACAGCAGCCCCUCCGCCUCCUCCGAUUCUUCUUGGACGUCCUUCGACUGCAGCACCGACCUCACAUCCGUCAGCUCCGACCAGAUCUCGACCCCGGUGUCAGCUCAAAGUGGCUGUGCACUGGUGGAGGACCAGAGCCCAAAGAAGUCUCCGUCAGUCAAGGUCUCUUCUGAAAUGCGAACCCGGAAGGUCGCGUGGAGGGAGACAUCUUUUCUUGGGAAUGACGACCAUAAGAACAAAGCGUCGGGCUGGCCACCCCCUGGCCCAGGCCCCUGGGGUGGACUGCAGGGGCCACCUUACAGCUGGGACAGCAUGAACAGCACCAGGGAGGCACGGGAUUGCCUCACCAACCAAGUGUCCCAGAGCAGCUCCCUGGAGGAGGUUCACCUGGAUGGGGUGCCCCCCGCCCCGCGCCUGGUAGAGAUGAGACGCGACCCGGUCCUGGGCUUCGGCUUCGUGGCAGGCAGCGAGAAACCAGUGGUGGUCCGCUCUGUCACGCCAGGUGGUCCAUCAGAGGGGAAGCUGUUGCCAGGCGAUGAGAUCAUCAUGAUUAACGAUGAGCCCGUCAGCUCAGCUCCCAGAGAACGAGUCAUCGACCUCGUCAGGAGCUGCAAAGAAUCGAUCGUGUUGACUGUUAUCCAACCGUAUCCUUCCCCUAAAUCAGCGUUCAUCAGUGCAGCCAAAAAAGCCAUGCUCAAGUCCAAUCCGGUCAAAGUGCGCUUUGCAGAGGAGGUCAUAAUAAACGGCCAGGUUCCAAACCCGGUGAAGGACAAUUCUCUUCUGUUCAUGCCAAAUGUCCUGAAGGUCUACCUGGAGAACGGGCAGACAAAGUCUUUUCGCUUUGACAGCAAUACCUCUAUCAAGGACGUGAUCUUGACCCUGCAAGAGAAGCUGUCGAUCAAGUGCAUUGAGCACUUCUCGCUCAUGUUGGAGCACAGGGCCGAAGGCUCUGCCAGCAAACUGCUUCUCUUGCACGAACAGGAGAUGCUUACUCAGGUGACCCAGAGGUCCGGCUCUGACAAGAUGAAGUGUUUCUUUAGAAUCAGCUUCGUGCCGAGGGAUCCCGUGGAGCUGCUGCGGAGGGACGCCGUGGCGUUUGAAUACCUCUAUGUGCAGAGCUGUAACGAUGUGGUCUUGGAGCGGUUUGGCCCGGAGCUGAAGUACGAUGCUGCGCUGCGAUUGGCCGCGCUGCAGAUGUACAUCCUCACCAUGACAACCAGACAGAGCCAGAAGGUGUCCCUCAAAUACAUCCAAAAGGAGUGGGGUCUGCCGCUGUUCCUGCCUCCUGCCGUGCUGUCCACCAUGAAGGAGAAAAACAUCAGAAAGGCUCUGACACACAUCCUCAAAACCAACCAGAACCUCGUGCCUCCAGGGAAGAAACUGACUGCUUUGCAGGCCAAGGUGCAUUACCUGAGGUACCUCAGUGAACUCAGACUCUACGGAGGGAGGGAGUUCAAAUCAAUACUUUUGCAAGGGGAGAAACAGACAGAGGUGACGCUGUUGGUCGGCCCGCGUUACGGCAUCAGUCACGUUAUCAACGCCCGCACCAACCUGGUGGCGCUGCUGGCCGACUUCAGCCACGUCAACCGCAUCGAGAUCCUCACUGAGGAUGAGACCGAUGUCCGGCUGGAGCUGCAUGUCCUGGAUGUCAGGCCCAUCACACUCAUCAUGGAGUCAAGUGAUGCAAUGAACCUGGCCUGCCUAACAGCGGGCUACUAUCGCCUCCUAGUGGACUCGAGGAGAUCUAUCUUCAGCAUGGCCCACUGCAAUAGCACUGGAGGGGAUGACACUUGUCAGGACCGUGUCCUGGAGUGGCCGUACAGCACAUCUCUGGGGGAAAAUGAGCCAUCACCCAGCCAGGGAGGGGGCUACAACAGGGACGCUGAGUACUCAGACAAUGGGCAGCGGGAAAACAGUAUCUCCCCUUACUUCCAUGAGCCCCGCACCCCCGACAGAGACCUUGGGACACGGAGGAGUCCGUUGCCCCCUCCUCUUCCCCCCGCUACCAGACACAAACCUCAAGACUCACCUCGGAGUGCCAAAGUGUCAUUUAUUUUUGGGGAGGGCCAACCCUUGAACAGGUCUAAGACCAUAGGCUAUGAGAGACUGUUGGAGAGCCCCGAGGUACCUGAGCACAGGCCGCUCUACUUGCACAACAACAACUCAGACUUUCGUUCACAAGACGCGGUGCCAUUUCAGUUCAGCGGUCUGACUCAUGUCUACAGUAACAUCAUAAGUGAGGAGGGCGGCGAGGAGCCGCUGCUAAGGGACUUGUUUUAUCGGGACGCAACGGAUGACGCAGAGGAUGACGAUGAUGCUUCCUGCGAAGAAGACUCCACUGGGGGGACUCCCGUGGGUGACCACAGAGGAAGCGGCGGCGAGGAGAACUGCGGUAACCAAGGAGGAGGGCGAACCACAGCCGCCGGCAAAGCCACCUUUCUCUCGCUUUCCGGUUCAACUGAUGACAUCAUCGACCUGACGUCACUCCCUCCUCCUGAGGGAGACGGCGGCGUUGACGAAGACGAGGACGACACGCUGCUGCAGACGCUCAACCUCGCCAUCGCAGCCCCGCCGCCAGGUUUCCGCGACAGCUCAGAUGAGGACGCGGCGCCCGAGGGACGGCCGCUAAGCACACUGGACAAUGACGACAUCCCAGUGUCUUUAAUCGAUGCCGUUCCGACACACGGGGAGGGGGGGGGAGGGACCAGGGGAGGGGAGAGGAGGCUGGAGAAUGCGGUCAUGAAUACUCUACAGGCACUGGAGGCUCUGUCUGUCUCUGAGCAGAGGCCUCCGCCGCCGCCGCCGCCGCCUCCGCCGCCCAGCAGCAACAAUCCAGGUGUUUACACAUCUCGAGGCUUUAGCUCAGGGUCGUCGUCGGACUCUGGCAAUGAGACCAACUCCUCAGAAAUGACCGAAAUCUCUGAACUGGCUGCUACUCACAGGCUCAGCGAGAGCCACAUGCGUCUCCUGGUGGCCACAAGGGAGGGAUACCAGCCUUUACUUGAGGAGAAAACCGAAUUCCCCGUCUCACCCAGGACAGGAGGAACAAUGCAGAAGAAAACCAUUAGUCCAACGCGGCACCUUCAUCCUCCAGCAGUUCCUCCGAGACGGAGCCCCCUGUUAGACAGCGCAUCAUCAGGGCCAGACUGCUUGGAGGUGAGGUCCCAAACUAACCUCUCAUCCACUCUGCAGCGCCCUUGUUCGACCACACCCGGAGGCAAACAUCACAGAAAGUCUGCAGACUCCAGUGGGAAGUAUAACACCUUCAGCACAAGGGAGGGCCAUCGAGGUGAGUGCGGCGGCAUUCGCGGCCAUCUUGACUUGGACCAGCGCACUUCGUUCUGUGAGAGAGGGGGAAGUCAAGGACGACAACAUUCUUUUUUGGCAGAAAAUUCGGGAGCCCACAGUCUCCCCCUCGACCAGCACAGAAUCCCCCGCCCUCCCCCCUCCGCCGCCGACCGCCACUCUGACGGUGUCAACAUGGAGGACUGUGGUAGAGACAAUGGUGCUGCGACUGCAGAGCAAGAUGAACAUCUGGUCGUAGCAUCAUUGCUUUCCCCCACCAAAAAAUCCAGAACAGGGGCGUCUAACCAGGGAGCUGACAUGCAAAGCGACCAUCCGCCGAUUUCUAGACAGCAGAGUGUUGCACGGUUGUGUGAGUACCACCUCGCAAAGAGGAUUUCAAGUUUGCAGGGAGAAGCCCACAGUUCCCUGCAGGGUUCUCUGUGCUCAUCACUGGAUGCUGGUGGCAGCACGAACAGCAGUGCCUGCGCCACCCCGACUGACUCACCACUUGGCCUUGGUGCGGUUGAAUCAAAGCACCACCAUAUGCAAAGGCACCCACUCUCCAGUUCCUCCUCCUCACUACUCAGGGUGCUGAACUUUGAAGAUAAUAAACCCGGAACGCCUCACAGCAUCCCUGGUCAGGGCACGCAGGGAAAGGACCUCCACCCGCACGCGGACCCUGCCCUCCUUCGGAAAAUGCUCCCCAACAUUCACCCCCCUGCCGCCGGGGCUGAACCAGGCCGACCCUCUUCAGCCACGCCGGCAAAGCAUAAAGAGACCGCAGGUACCGGACACAAGAAGCUCCACAAUGAUCUGCAUGCUAAACAACAGGCCUGUUUGAAGGGGUUGAACCAGAAGGAAGGCAGUGAGGCCUACAGGCAACUGAUUAACUAUCUCACAGUCAGCCAGAUGCACCAGGGAGGGAAGCUGCACAGUGCAGGCAUGGGAGGGGCAGUGAAAAAGGACACCAGGCGCUUUAUCACUAGCAACCCUCAGCUUGUCGAAAUGGUUAAGAGUCGGGGGAACACUAUUGCUCGUUGCCCAUGUAUGCCUUCCUCCAUGUCAUCCCCAUUCCUCAAUCCAAAUGUAGUCACCCCUAAUGCAGCCACCAUGCAGCUGGCAAACUCAAAUCCACGCUCAUACUAUUCAGCCACACUUCCCGCCAAACUCCAAAGAAGUUCUGACACUCACGCUCAGAGACCGAACGACAAUGUAGAUUUCAGGCCAGCUACUGGCGAGAGGAGAAGCUCCUUCUCUGGCCUGGAGAGUGAGCUCGAGAGGAGUGAUAUGGACCCGGAGCACUUCCUCUCACUGUAUAAGUCAGAGGGUUGUAUCAACCGUGACGGGGCAUUCAUCACGGGUGCAAACCAUGACGGUGGGGGUACCGCUAACCAUCCCCCGCCUCGAUCAAGAAGCCAACCUAGCGGUGGCACAGAGGACUGGUUAAAAUCAGACCCGAGGGCAAAACAUGCAGUUCGCCAGUCUCCUCAUCCUCGUCCUAAUGAUUCUCUCUGUUUCUCUGCCGCCCCCAGUGUGAUUGGUCAACGAGCAGACCUCAACACCAUCUCACUAGGAAGGGGGGACCACCCGUCGGCUUUUGUCAGGCAGGCAUCUACAAGCAGAGCUUGCAUCACAUCUCCGACUCCCAACCUGCAAUCGCCACCUCCUCCCCCACCACCCCCACCUCCUCCUCCCUCGUGUGUACCUGUGCAGGCCAACACUAGCUCCAGCAAUUCUGCAUUCACACAAGAGUCUGUCCAUUCCAUCCAGUCCCGGCCCAAUCAGAACCACAUUCAGGCCGUUGCCCCAACCCAGCCACAGGCAGAUCACUUCGGCAAUAGCCUGCAAAGGGGCCGGGAGCUCAAACGCAGCUCCAGCAACGUCACCGGCUGUUCUGGCAGUGUGGAGGCUCUGUUCGAUAAGCCCUCCCGAAGCCGCAGUCAGCAGCCCCUGUUGCCAUCUGUGCCCCAGCAGUGUGACACCAAAGUACAGCGGAGGCCGACAAGGAAGCGGCUCUCCAAGAGCUACUCCCAAGGUUCAGUGUCUUCCCACACCACAUGCUGGUCGACAGGCAGCAGGGUGGACACCAGAAGGGCAUCUGUGGCAUUUCCAGUGCAGAAAGACGCCAAACACAUGAAGGGCUCGCAGAAACUGGACACCAGUCCCUGGAGAUGCAAUGGGCCCUUUAGCUACUGUUUCUUUAAACGUAAGAGUGAGGGGGAAGAGGAUGAGAUCGAGUGGGAGAAGCCCAGACGAAGCCGCGGUGGGAAUAACAUUGAGAGCGACGGCACCGCUGCAGCCGCCAUAUUUCCCUGUGGCUCGGCGCUGGAUGCAGCUGGCGAGCAGCUCUACGGGGAGGUCCUCAAUAACAUGAGCUUCAGUGACCGCCUCGCACGAAUCAACGCACUCAAGGACCGCAUGUACGGCUUCCCAUCCGGCUUCACCGACGUCCGCCGCGAUGCCAGCGAGCUCAUUGCACUGGUGAGAUCCAGCAUAGGCCGCUGCGACCGUGGACCCCAGAUGCCAAUCCAGGAUGUAUCCCAGUACAAGCAGCUCCUCUCAGUCGAGUCGAAAGAAUUAGGCCGGGCGUGCCGGAGGAUGGCACAGGCCCACACUAGUCCCGAGGAGAUGCUGCUCGCCAUCACCUGCAGCUUCCAGGUGCUGUGUUGCCUCUGCGAAGCGUGCAUGUGUCUGGUCCGGGGCCUCGGGGCCUCGGCCGCGCACCAACAGAGAGAGGUCGUGGCGAAGGUGGACGAGGUCGUCAUGAACUACAUCUGUCUGCUCAAGGCGGCUGAGGCUGCCACCGUGGGAGCACCAGGGGAGCACAGUGUGAAAGCCCUGGUCCGCCACUCCAGCACUAUGUCGGCCAUUGCUAACGCACUCACCCGCUCCCUUAAAACGCUGCUUAGCAAGUAGAGGCUACUCUGUAUGCUUUAUGUAGUGUGGCCUACACAGUCAGUAGAGGUCUGUCUUUAGGCAUCUCGUUGUUUUUUUGAGUCUGCUGAAAGAGUCAUAUUUUUUCAUAUUUGCUCUGCACAGUCUCCAUAUCAAAAAUCGAUAAAGUGUAAGGCCUGAUUUACCCCUUAAAGUACCAUGACAGUGAAACGGGGAGAUUGCAUAAGAUGCUGAAAGGCAAGUCAAAUCUGACUGCACUUGCUUCCUCUGAUGACAAUAUUGUAAUGUAUAUUUACAAGGCCAUACUGUCACAGACCUUUGUAAUAUGACAUGUACCUAAUAGAUACCCUUUUACCUGUGCAUUAUGUAAGUUAUUAAAAAAAAUGUUUAUAAUGUACAUAGAUACAACAAGAAUUAUAUUAUUUGCCGUAGCAGUUUGAAGAGGCCAUUAAGUAUUCAGCUUAAUUUGCUCUAAUAUUGUACAGGGCUGGAGGAAAUUCACUUUCAGUUCAAUCAAAGUGCAGUUUUACUAUAGAUAUUUAUAAUUGUAAUCAUGAUACUUUACCUGUAGAAAUAUAAAUAACGUGCCACUGUUCGUCCAGUGAGGAAAUUGUUGCUGUUAUUUUAUUCACAUGCUAUAUAUAUAUAUAUAUAUAUAUAUAUAUAUAUAUGCCACAUUUCUCAGUGACUGUGUAAAAGUGAUGAAUGAUUUCAACCCUGUUGCAUUACAAUGCAGUUUUUUUGCUAGAUGAAAGGAAUAACUGUUAGAAAUGUUGAAAAUACAGGGAUAAUAGAGUUGCACUGCAUUUAGCGCACUAUUUUAUCACCGAGAUUAUUUUCAAAUAAGAAUAAUAAAUUAUAAACCCACCCCUCUCGCCUCAAAAACAGCUAAAUAUAUAAGAUUAUAAUAUUAAUAUAAUAUUUACAAUUUAGGAAACAUUUUGACUUUGUUAGUCAAUUCACAUUGAUGUGUUAUUGAUAUUGAAUUGUUUUUUUAAUUAUUUUUUGUGCAUGAUUAUCAUCUGUUUUUGGAAUAAGUUCUUGUGUGCUUGAAUUAUUUAUUUUUCCACACUGUGUAUGAAGAUGCAGUUAUGUCUCUUGACAAGAAAUACAAUUCUUUUUUUUUCCAACAAUCCACCAACCUAUUAAAGUACAUUUUA